UACGACGCGGGUCCUAGUAAACAUAAUCAUCGGGUUUCGUUAUUAGUUGUUAUAGAUUAUUUCGCUUUAUUUUCUACUUUCACUGAUUUACUGGAACAUUUUUGGUUAAUUCCAUAUAAGUCGACGUCCAACGAACAUUUAAUGUUUCUGGUGUCGCUCUCGACUGGAUUUCGGACGACGAAACGUCUUGUUGUCUGCUGGACAUCGGCGAAAACAGCUGCUAAUUGUUAUCGACGGUCGUGAACACCGAACUUCAAACUCGUGUCGACAACGACUACGACGGCAAAGUCGAAGAAUACAACGACGGUGGUUUCCGAAAAGGCGAUCUCCCCGAGGAUUUCUCCCAACCGAUUGCCGCCGUCUGGACAGUUGCCGAUCGUUGAGCAUCAUCGCCACUGCCGCGAAUCACGUUUCGCCCCUUAUCCACUGCCGCCACAAGUUCUCGUAGGUUCGUCUACGGUCUCGGCCGACAUGUUUAAACGUGGGUUCCCGUCUUCCGACGCGAUGGCCAACGAUCAGACUGCCACCAGUCCCAUCACGAGGAAACCACAGCCGGCCUGUAAUCUCCCAUUCAUGCAGUUCAACCUCCAACAGCCACCCAGCUACUCUACUUUCACGCCAGCUGACUACCAACAUUUCCCAUACACGUUCUCGUCCAGUACGCCACCAGCAUACAGUUGGGCCAACACCAACAGCACACACGUCAUGAAGUUUACGGGAUCAUGUAAUCCAUUGCCUUUGGACACAUCCAUGUACCAUCCCAGCAACUUUGGGACUGUGCCAAAACGCAAAAUCGAUUUAGACGCCGAACUUCCACAGCCACCCAAAAUGCGCAUCACUGAAGAAAAAGUAUCCGCUAGUUUACGAGACAUGCACAUCAGCAGUGAAUUCAAACCUCAUAAUUAUUGUGUGAGCAGUGCUGUCAAUGAAAUGGAUAUCUUGGAGAAUCCUAGUCCUACAGAGACUAUCAACAUUCCUGAAACUGCUAAAACAGAUUCUCAGACCACAUUAGUCAUGUGUGAAGAACUGCGUAAACUUAACAAAAUCGAUUCCAUCAUACCUCAACCACUGCUCAAUGUAGAAAGACCAACCAACGCAGUUGUAGUAUGGACUAAGAAGCCUUUAAUGGAAUUUAUCCGUUCAUUUCCUAACUACCAGGAAACCAAAUCAACUGUUGUGAUAACCGAGAUCACAGACGAAGAAGAAAAUGAAAUUAAUGACAAAGACAUGUUAGUCGAAGAAAAUAAUUGUAUUGCCUUUGAAGAUGUUAACAUGGAGCUUUGAUGGGACCUUGAUCUGUGUUGGGACUCACGGUAGGCGAGUUAACUUACUGUCAGUUAAAUAACAUUGGAAAAAAAAACAAAUAAUAAUUAAUAUAAAUUAAUAUAAGUUUUAAAUGUAUUAUUUUUUAAUUUUAAAUAGUUAUAAGAAGAAAACAAUUUUUUUUUUGUUAUUUUGUGUGAUAAUAUUAUAUACUGUAAACAAACAUAUUGUAAGGUUAAAUACUCAUUUUAAUAUAUUUUUUUCAAGACUUGUUAUCCUAAACAAAAAUUAAUGCGUGAAAUGUUAAGCAGUAAAAUGUGUUAUUUGACAUAAUAAAUGCAUGGAAAAGGUUAAA